AUGAUCCAGGAAGAUUAUUACAAAACAGGACGUGACCUUCUUGAGCAGCGCCAAUAUGUUGCAGCCUUUAAUGCGUUCGACAAAGCAGCGCGUGAAAAUAAGAAGAACGCCCCAAUUUUCCACCUAAUAAUCCCCAUAAUAGAAACAUACAUCCAGAUCCUUGAGCCAUCGAGACGCAGUCAGAAGUUCCUUGAUGAUUCUCUAAAAAUUAUAAAUGCUGCCGCAGAAUCGGUCGAUGAGGAAGAUGUAAGCCUGGUAGAUCGGUGGAUGGAAAUAAUGAAGGAACUUGGAUCACGGCCAUGCUACUUCUCAAAACUACCGAUAGAGACAAAAACCGGGAUAUUCGCGCUCAUCAUUGACGUUAACGACACAAAGAAGUUUACUUUGAGCCUCGUUUGUCGAGCUUGGCGAGACAUCAUCAAUGGGUCGCCACGCUUUUGGCGUAACCUCGUCUUGACACCGAAGACAAGCCAGAAGCAGGCCGACGCUUGGCUGCAACGUUCAGGAGGGACGUUGUCCAGUUUGCAUAUCACUGGAGGGUUUUCGUUUAGUUCCCGGCCCGAUAUGCUCAGGGAAGCGAACCCAAGUAUAUGGUCAAGACUCGACACGUUAAAACUUAUUUCCAAGAAGGCUUUCCGCAUAGAUUCCCUUCCUCAGGUGGCGGUCGGCAAAUUGAAUCUAAAAGAGCUUGAACUGCAUAUCGAUAGACUAUCCACUGGAACCUGGCAGGCCCGGAGCAAGAUGGGUAGGUCACGACUCCGGCACUUGGUGUUGUGCGCCGCAUCCGGUGAAGCGAUGACGACCAACCUCUUGUUCACUUCUUUAACGACUCUCAGACUGCACUCGCCAUUCUCGGCAAAGGAUACCCUGUCAUUUCUGAAAGGGACACCGAUGCUUGAAAGUCUGUUCCUCACGUCGUCGUCAACCCGACAUCUCAGUACAGAGCGAAUCGACUUCGUUGAACUUGCCUAUCUCAGACACCUGGAGCUUCAUCUUUUCAUGUACACGAUCGAAUAUUUGCAACACGUCCGUUCUCCAAAUGUUAGAACGCUCAAUAUCAUAUACGCUGGCGAUGUGCUGGUGAUGCCUCAAAAUUUAACGCAGCUUGAAGACCUUUAUCUACUAGGUUGCACUCUAGUUGCGCACGCUUUCGUCUCUCUUCUUCGGGCAGCAGCAUCACUUAAAGCACUGCGGAUUCCGUUAUGUUACUUCCGCGAUGCUGAUGUAAAUGCAGUCAUUGGGGAGUUGGCGAAACCUGUGUCAACGGACGAGGGGAAACAGGCUGCAUCUAGAGCGCACCUUCCCAGUGUAGCGUCAUUAAAAAACGAGCUCGGAUCUUCGUCUUCGUCGGAAGAGUCACCGGGCGAGCCACUCCGUAUCCUUACUUUGAUCCUUGAUGACUGCCCGCAGUUCGAGCGCAAUGCAAUACCCUGGCUCCAAUCUGUCGUACCGGAGCUUAGCCACGAGUUGACGCAGAAAUAG